UGGGGAAGCCGGGCGCGGGGCUCGGAGGAGGGAGCGGCCGGCUGCGGGGCCCCGGCCAAUCGGGCGGCUGGCCGGGCGCGCGGAGCCACAGCGCCAUGGAGGGAGGCGCGGCGCCCGGCCGCCCGUGACCGAGCGUGGCGAGCCCGAGAGGCCCGCGGCGCCCGUGGCGCGGAGAUGAGCAAGUCCGCUGCGCUGCUGCUCUGCCUGCUCGGCUGCCACGUUUGGAAGGCAGUCACCAAGACGCUGCAGGAGCCCGGCGCGGGAGCCCAAGAGGUGACCUUGAAGGUGCACAUUAGUGACGCCAGCACCCACCAGCCCAUCGCAGAUGCGCUCAUUGAGAUCUUCGCCAGCCAGGUGUCUGUUGCCUCUGGCACAUCUGGCACAGAUGGGGUUGCUUUCAUCAAGUUCCCAUACAAGCUUGGAAAUCAGCUGAUUGUCACUGCCACAAAACAGGCCUACGUGCCAAACUCUGCCCCGUGGAAGCCCAUCCGAUUACCGGUGUUUUCCUCACUGAGCCUUGGCCUGCUUCCUGAACGCUCCGCUACGCUGAUGGUCUAUGAAGAUGUCGUCCAAAUAGUCUCAGGAUUCCAAGGUGCCCGGCCACAGCCUCGAGUUCAUUUCCAGAGAAGGGCCUUGAGGUUGCCGGAGAACACCAGCUACAGCGACCUAACAGCGUUCCUCACUGCGGCCAGCUCCCCAUCAGAAGUGGACAGCUUCCCUUACUUGCGAGGAUUGGAUGGAAACGGGACAGGAAACAGCACCAGGUAUGACUUGACUCCUGUCACAGCCGUCAGCGUGCACUUGCUCAGCGGUAAUGGGAUGCCGGUGCUGGUGGACGGACCCAUCUAUGUCACUGUGCCCUUGGCCACUCAGAGCAGUCUGAGGCACAAUGCCUAUGUCGCAGCAUGGCGGUUUGACCAGAAGCUGGGAACGUGGCUGAAGAGUGGUCUGGGCCUGGUGCACCAGGAAGGCAGUCAGCUCACGUGGACGUACAUUGCUCCCCAGCUGGGGUACUGGGUGGCAGCCAUGUCUCCCCCCAUCCCAGGUCCCGUUAUGACACAGGACAUUACCACGUAUCACACGGUGUUUCUUUUGGCCAUUUUAGGAGGAAUGGCUUUCAUUCUUUUGGUUUUGCUGUGUCUCCUUUUAUAUUAUUGCAGGAGGAAGUGCUUGAAACCCCGCCAGCAUCACAGAAAGCUGCAACUGCCCCCAGCUCUGGAGAGCUCCAAGAGGGAUCAGGCAACAUCCAUGUCUCACAUCAACUUGCUGUUUUCUCGACGAGCAUCAGAUUAUCCUGGGCCUCUGUCUGUCUCCAGCCAUAGCCGCCCAGAGGCCCCAGGGACAAAGGAGUUGAUGGGCGGGGUGCAUUUAGAAAUGAUGUCCCCCAAAGGGGAGGGGGACCUGCACACACCCAUGCUGAAGCUCUCCUAUAGUACCUCACAAGAAUUUAGCUCCCGGGAGGAGCUGCUGUCCCACAAAGAAGAGGAUAAAAGCCAAACAUCUUUUGAUAACUUAACGCCAAGUGGGACACUGGGGAAAGACUACCAUAAGUCUGUGGAGAUUUUUCCCUUAAAGGCAAGAAAAUCUAUGGAAAAAGAAGACUACGAGGCCCCUGGCAAUGAUGACUACAGAGGUAGUUACAAUACCGUGCUCUCCCAGUCUUUGUUUGAAAAGCAAGAUCAAGAAGGCCUGGCAUCAGCAGGAAGCAAACUCACUAUUCAGGAACACAUGUACCAUGUACCUUUAUCGCCUGAGAAAGAGCAACUGCUGGACCGCAGACCGACUGAAUGUAUGAUGUCACGAUCUGUCGAUCACCUGGAGAGACCUACUUCCUUCCCGAGGCCAGGCCAGUUGAUCUGCUGUAGUUCUGUGGACCAAGUCAAUGACAGCGUUUACAGGAAAGUAUUGCCUGCCUUGGUCAUUCCAGCUCAUUAUAUGAAACUUCCAGGGGACCACUCGUAUGUGAGCCAGCCUCUGGUGGUCCCGGCUGACCAGCAGCUGGAAAUAGGAAGGCUCCAGGCCGAGCUGUCCAACCCCCAUGCAGGGAUCUUCCCACACCCAUCCUCUCAGAUCCAAGGCCAGCCUUUGUCUUCCCAGGCUAUCUCUCAGCAGCACCUACAGGAAGCAGGUGCACGGGAGUGGAGCUCUCAGAGUGCAUCCAUGUCAGAGUCACUGUCUAUCCCUGCAUCCCUGAAUGAUGCAGCUUUGGCUCAAAUGAACAGCGAGGUGCAGCUCCUCACCGAAAAGGCACUGAUGGAACUUGGGGGUGGAAAGCCACUUCCACACCCUCGGGCAUGGUUUGUCUCCCUAGAUGGAAGGUCCAACGCUCACGUUAGACACUCAUACAUUGAUCUCCAAAGAGCUGGAAGGAACGGAAGUAAUGAUGCCAGUUUGGACUCUGGUGUGGAUAUGAAUGAACCAAAAUCUGCCCGGAAGGGAAGGGGAGACCCUUUGUCUCUCCAGCAGAGCCACACACCUCUGCAGGAGCACCAGCAAAAAG